CUGUGGGUCCACAGCCUAAAUAGCCCCAUAAAACACCCACGAAGAAGAAGAAGAAGAGAAGUGCAGUGCAAGCGUCAUGGAGGUUACAAAAGACAAACAAACUUUCAUGUGUGAGAUAUGUGACAAACUAUUUGUCUUCCUCUGCAUCCAGAAAACGACAUCUGAAAUGCGUCCAUGGGUUAAAGUUGCCCCCUGUGAUAUCAAAUUCAGAUAACAACAAAACAUGUGAUCUCUGUAACAAAACAUUUUCAUCUAAAUUUGCCAAGGAAAGACACACCAGUGAAGUCCAUGACUCAAUGAGAACAGAGUGCAGCAAACCUACAGCUGUUCAGUGCAAGGAAUGUGGAGUAAACUUUUCCAGGUUAAGCAUCUACAGGCAACAUCUCCAACAGUUUCAUAACAUUGAAACUACUACAGCCCAGUAUGAGUUUGCUUCAGAAGAAGAGUUUAUGGCAUGGAAAGAUGCACUGGAAAUGGAGGUUGGAGUAAAUUAUACGUCUCAUACGGGUAACAAGAAAUCAGUUGACAGCACCAAAACCAUAUACUAUUGCCGAAGAUCAGGUGUGCAGAAAUCAUCAAAGAGUACCCACAAGCAUGCUGAAAAAAGCCAAGGUACCAGUAAAAUGGGAUAUUACUGCACAUCAUCUAUUGAGGCAGUGAGGCAGAAUGGAUGUGUCCAGGUCACCUACUACGUGGAGCAUCAUGAGCAUGAUAUAAACUUCCACAGCCUUGUCCACAUGACUCUUCCUGCCAGCGUGAAGGAUAAAAUUGCAGCUGCAUCUAUGUUUGGUGCAUCUUCACUGCGUGGACGGCUGGAGCCUGACUGCCCGCUGAGCUUCCUCGCCCUAGCUCCUCGAGUACAUGGCGUUGUCGAUACCUGUGCAGAAAGGCAAAUGUUCGGCUCUUCAAAUCACUUGUGCUCCCUGUCUCUAUGGAAGUGAGACAUGGACACUGAAUAGUGACUUGAAGAAGAAAAUCGAUGCCUUUGGUAUUAAGUGCCUUCACAGGAUCAUGGUUGUAAGGUUGGGAACCCGUUAUAAGACUUGCUUUCAAAGCAUUGCAUUACAUUAAUUGUACACCAACUUUGAAGCAUGGUUCUACACUGUAACCUAAUAUACGUUUUAUACAUGCAAAUACUAGCAAAGGCAGAAGGCACCAUAGGUUGCAGACUAUUUUUAUAGCCUGUAGUGGUUUCAUUACUAAUUAAGUUUGUAUUUUCCAGGCAUGAUUCUUCGUGGUGUCUCACAUGAACACAUUCUGGAACAAGUGCGAAAAUCUGCUGGAGAGAGUAGAGCUGCAAUAUUGGAGAGCCAGGAUAUAAAGAACAUUGUUACACAAUUUGGUCUGAAACAAGAACAUAAACGGCAUCCAGAUGACAGUACUAGUGUCCGUUUGAUUGUAACAGAAUAUAGGGAGGCAGGUGAUCUUUUGUAUUUCAAGGAUCAAAAUUCAAUAGACCCUGAGAAUCCUGAAAUAGGUAAAAAAGAAUUUGUACUGGGUUUCAUAAAAGAGGAACAAAGAAGGGUAUUCUCAAAACAACUUGAGAGUGGUCAAGAGCUUCAGAUUUGUAUGGACUCGACCCAUUGUAUUAGCCAGUAUGAAAGUUACCAAUUAACAACAUUGAUGACUGUCACAGAUCUAAACCAGGGUUUUCCUGUGGCCUUUCUUAUUAGCAGUACAGUAAAUGAAGCCAUACUUAAGGUUUUUCUUGGUGAAGUAAAAAAGCGUUUGGGUUCCUCUGUGCA